AUGAGUAUACAAGACUUCUUCAGAGGGCGUAAUGUCCUGGUAACAGGUGCCACCGGAUUUAUGGGCAAAGUUUUAAUCGAAAAACUAGUUCGGUCCUGUCCAGAUAUCGGUAAAAUUUGUAUUUUGGUGAGACAGAAAAAAGGAAAAGACACGGCUUCUAGAAUCAAAGAAAUUUUGGACGCUAAAUUAUUCGACACUAUCAAAGAACAAAAGCCUGGUCUCAUGGAGGAAAAACUGUUUCCCGUGUUGGGUGACAUGACUGAACUACGACUUGGGUUGUCUGACGAGGAGUACGGUUAUUUGGUGGAAAACAUUUCGGUCAUAUUCCACGUCGCUGCCAGUGUCCGUUUCGAUGAGCCGAUAAGGGAUGCGACGAUCAUGAACGUCAGAGGAACACGUGAAGUUGUGCAAUUGGCCAAGCAAAUGAAACAUUUAGAAGUAUUGCUGCACGUGUCGACUGCGUAUUGUAAUUGUAUCAGAGAAAAUGUUGAAGAAAAAGUCUAUGAAUCACCAAUCGGUUGGCGAGAAGCAAUCUCGAUCGCGGAAAAUUUAGAUCCGACAUUGAGCAGUAUUUUAACAAAAAAGUUUUUAGGAUCGUUUCCAAAUACAUACACGCUGACGAAAUUACUAGCUGAACAAAUAAUUAACGAAGAACGGAAUAACCUACCGGUGGUGAUAUUCAGACCAUCUAUCGUUAUAUCUUCGGUCAAUGACCCCAUCAAAGGAUGGAUAGAUAACUUUAACGGACCGAUCGGACUCAUGAUGGCAUGUGGGAAAGGGGUCGUACGAGUGACGUACACCGAGAAAUCGAUUGUUCCGGAUUACAUGGCCGUCGAUAUUUCCAUAAAAUCAAUGAUCGUAGCGGCUUGGCACAGAUCUAAAUCAAAUUGGUUGGAGAUGGAUGAUACUAUCCCCGUUUACAACAGCGCAUCUGUAUCGAAAUCUGUAUCAAACGAAGAACUAUUAGAUUUGGGCAUGAAAACUCUCGAACAAUACCCGUUCGAUGAAAUGUUGUGGCGUCCAUCGAUUAAGUUUACGACAUGCUUUUACUACUAUUACAUCUCUACGAUUAUCGAGCAAGUCUUACCGGCGAUAUUUUUCGAUGCACUCUUGGACCUGAUUGGGAAACCGCACAAACGCUUGUUGCCUUUGCAACAAAAAAUCUAUGUGGUAUCAAUGGCAUUGUCUUACUUUACCACAAAGUCUUGGAAAUUUGAAAACUCAAACUUUUUGGGAUUAAUCGAUAAGAUACCAGAUGCAGACCGCAAAGAGUUUGACUAUGAUUUCAAAGAUAUAGACAUCACCGAGUUUAUAAAAAAUGCAACGAUCGGCUCUCAGAAGUAUCUGUUUAAUGUCGACGAGUCAAAACUACCGUUUGCGAAAAAGCUAUUAAGCCGAUUUAUAUGGAUGGACAGAAUAUUAAAAGCAUUCGGUGCAACAAUUUUGGUAUUAGUUUUAUUCUAUUUUAAUAUCAUACCAAAAGCAUUCCUGUCCAAUUUAUUUUGUUGUUUUUAA